UCAAUGACGUGCGCAGCGUACCAGCAAUGCCAGAUGGUGCGUCGACUGCAGGCGAACAAGGGCUAUAUCGAGCAGGACAGUACGUACGGCCAGUACAUGAAUGAACUCCCGCGCUCCAUCCUCUCGCUCCUCAAGAACAUCCCCUUCGUCAUGAUCACCCUGGCAUCGGUCACCGAAGCAAUGGUUGGCACUGCCGUUGCUGCCUUUUCGGUGAAGUUCUUCGAAGCCGAAUUCGCUAUGACACCUUCAAGAACAGCCGCUGCUCUGGGCAGCAUAUUGAUUCCGGCCGGCGUAGGCGGGACCUUGAUGGGCGGCGCACUGGUGUCCAAGCUGGACAUGACCAUCCGCGCCAUGUUAAAAUUGUGCUGCGUCACGAGCGUGAUCCCUUGGCUCUGCAUGUGGAUCUUCAUGCUGCACUGCCCCAACCCGCACUUCUUCCACGGGGAAGUUUGGAGCAGCAACCGCAGCGUGGCCUUCACCAGCGAGUGCAACGAGAACUGCCACUGCGGUACGCAACUGCUGGACCCCAUCUGCUCGGUCGAGAACGUGAUCUACGCGUCGCCCUGCUUCGCCGGUUGCGCCACGAAAGAGAUCGUGCCGAACCCCGAGGACGAAAACUGGGAGCUGCAAGUGUACAAGAACUGUUCCUGCGUGCCGACCCCGCCUGGCGCGCCGAUGAAUGAAACCGUAUACGAUUUCGAUGCGACGCGUCUGAAGUGCUCGACCAACUGCAACCUGCUGGUCAUCUACAUGGUCGUCAUAUUCAUCUGCGUAUUUUUCUCUUUCUUCGGCGCAGCUCCUUCCAUCACCAUUAUGAUGCGCUGCGUCGAAGAGAAAGAGCGAGCUGUGGGCCUCGCCGUGAAGUGGGUCAGCGUCCGCCUGUUCGGCAACAUCCCAGCACCUCUAGUGCUGGGCUCCGUGAUCGACCACAGCUGUGUAAUGUGGCAGGAGGUGUGCAACGAGCGCGGCGCCUGCCUCCUCUACAACAACAAGUUCCUCGCGCUCAGCAUGCUCCAGUUCCUGGUGCCGGUCAAGACAGGCUCCAUCAUCCUGUUCGGCGCCGCCCUAGUGAAGCUGCGGAAUCUCGAAGAAUAAAUAGACCGACUUCCUCGUGCGACCGUUGGGGCUGCACCCCCUCCCUCUCCCACGCACGCUCCCCCCCCCCCCCUCUUUUUUUUCUGCUAAACACUGUUGGUAAAGAAAUAUCGCGUAUCUUUUCUUUCUGUUUUAAGAUUAUUUUGUGUCUGCUUUUUCACCCCUGUGGCGUCUUCUGACAUUAUUGCUGGACCGAUUCAGUGGACAGUGUAGCAUAGGUGGGCGUUGACAAAACGCCUAGAAUUUUCCGUAGACCGCCGCGAUUUGAAUGUGGCGGAAUUCAGUGCCGUGAAACAGCGCGUCGCAAAUCGCAGCACGCUCUGGUGACACGCUUUGGCUGGGCGAGUGCUCGCUCCCUCAUCUAGAUGGCGACACCAUCCGGCCUUCAAGCAAAACCUGAGCGCUAGCAGCGCUGGUACCGCGCUUGUCAAUAAAUGGUGGUGUGUGAUAAAACGUUUCUGCUGCGUUGAUAUUUUUGUGUGGUGACCAAAACUGAGAGUAGUAGCGGGACCACGUGCAGCAACGUGACAACGUGCGUGCGCUCAUCUAACAUUCAUCAACGUAUUUCCUUAUAAUGAUCCUAACGCAGUGUGUCCAGGAGAUGUGGGUAUAUCUGUCGGAUCUUGCAUGGCUGUAAUAACAUUGCUGGUAACGUUGGUCGCGUUAGCGCUCGACAACCACAUGUAGGAGAAAGAGCGAGCUUUUAUGUUGAGCGUCGUAAAACGCCUUGAACAGAAACGGUCAUUAAAAUGAGGGUGACCGUGAAUGUUUAAUUUUUAUUGAAAGAAAGCAGCCGUAUCGGCAACAAGGGCACUAAAAGCAGAAGGCUGCGCUAGAAUAUAUAUGAGCAUAUUUUAUAAAGAGAUCACGCUGUAAUGUACCUUAAUGUGCGCUUGCUAGAGGCGAGUGUAGAGAAAUUAGUUGCAGUGACGUCCUCACGGAGCGUCGGACCUCGUAUCGAGAAACAUGCAGAAUGUGACAACGCCCACCCCAAAGCUACACCGAACGCUUCGUGCUCAUUGCUGUAGAAAAGGCAGUGGGGGAAAAGUG